AGAAGUCUCCUGUACAGUUAAGAGACAACAGGCUUCUGGGCACGUAGCCAAGGUUCUGGGGAUAUUUAUAACUUGAAGAGGGUGGGAGUCCCUAAUAAGCUGCUAUAUUCUUUUUCCAUCACUUCCCUCUCCAAGACUACAGCGAGCUCAGAGCUCUUCCCCACGCAGAAUGCCUGCUUUCCCUGCUGCUUGGAGUCCAUUGUCUAGUUUUCUCAUCCUGGCUGGGGCAAGAGAAGGCUGCCAGUCCUUCCGCUCAGAACUCCAGCUGAACGCAGCCUAGCUGUUGCUGGUCCUCUCUGGCUAACUGCUGUGGUCUCAGGGAUCUGCUUAUGCGCCUGUGGUUCCUCUGAGCUGCCUGAGUCUGAGGUCUAGGGAAUCUGUGAGUACUUGGAUCCGCCCACGAACUCGGGCGUUUGCCGGCAAUUCUACCUGCGGGUCUGAGCUAUCCGGGAUCUCCCAGUGAUCUCCCGAACCUCUACGAACGCCCGAAGUCUCAGAGACCGGCGCUUGCAAAUUUGGAAUCUGUUUGAGGCCUCUUGGAUCUAUUGGAUCUUUUGCACACCAGGCGCGCUGUCUGUUAGCUGCUUUUCCUGCUUUCUCUCCUGGGAGGCGCGUCCUUGAGCCCGAGAUGGCAGCCACCCUGCUCAUGGCUGGGUCCCAGGCACCUGUGACAUUUGAAGAUAUGGCAAUGUACCUCACCCGGGAGGAAUGGAGACCUCUGGACCCUACACAAAGGGACCUUUACAGGGACGUUAUGCAGGAGAAUUAUGGAAACGUUGUCUCAUUAGAUUUUGAGAUCAGAAGUGAGAAUGAGGUGAAUCCAAAGCAAGAGAUUAGUGAAGAUGUAGAAUUUGGGACUGCAUCUGAAAGACCUCUUGGGAGUACUGGAGAGGAGAAUCCUGAAAGUGAAGACACCUUUGAAAGCAGGGAUAGAUCAGAAAGACAGUGGGGAGAUUUAACAGCAGAAGAGUGGGUAAGCUAUCCUCUGCAGCAAGUCACUGAUCUACUUGUCCACAAAGAAGUCCACACAGGUAUCCGAUAUCAUAUAUGUUCUCACUGUGGGAAGGCGUUCAGUCAGAUAUCAGACCUUAAUCGACAUCAGAAAACCCACACUGGAGACAGACCCUAUAAAUGUUAUGAAUGUGGAAAGGGCUUUAGUCGGAGCUCACACCUUAUUCAGCAUCAAAGAACGCAUACUGGAGAGAGACCUUAUGACUGUAAUGAGUGUGGGAAAAGUUUUGGAAGAAGCUCUCACCUCAUUCAGCAUCAGACAAUCCACACUGGAGAAAAGCCUCACAAAUGUAAUGAGUGUGGGAAAAGUUUCUGCCGGCUGUCUCACCUAAUUCAACACCAAAGGACCCACAGUGGGGAAAAACCAUAUGAAUGUGAGGAGUGUGGGAAAAGCUUCAGCCGGAGCUCCCAUCUAGCUCAGCACCAGAGGACCCACACAGGUGAGAAACCCUAUGAGUGUAACGAAUGUGGGCGAGGCUUCAGUGAGAGGUCUGACCUCAUCAAACACUAUCGAGUCCAUACUGGGGAGAGGCCCUACAAGUGUGAUGAGUGUGGGAAGAAUUUCAGUCAGAACUCUGAUCUUGUGCGCCACCGCAGAGCCCACACAGGAGAAAAACCUUACCAUUGUAAUGAAUGUGGGGAGAAUUUCAGCCGCAUCUCACACUUGGUUCAGCAUCAGAGAACCCACACUGGGGAGAAGCCUUAUGAAUGUAACGCUUGUGGGAAAAGCUUCAGCAGGAGCUCUCAUCUCAUCACGCACCAGAAAAUUCACACUGGAGAGAAACCUUACGAGUGCAAUGAGUGUUGGCGAAGCUUUGGUGAGAGGUCAGAUCUAAUUAAGCACCAGAGAACCCACACUGGAGAGAAGCCCUAUGAGUGUGUGCAGUGUGGGAAAGGUUUCACCCAGAGCUCCAACCUCAUCACACAUCAAAGAGUUCAUACAGGAGAAAAACCUUAUGAAUGUACCGAAUGCGAGAAGAGUUUCAGCCGGAGCUCAGCUCUUAUUAAACAUAAGAGAGUUCAUACCGACUAAGUCCUAUAAUGAUGACUGAAAAAUAUUUCAUUUGAAGGUACAAUUUUAUUUGGUAUCAAAGAGCUCUUUCAAGACUGAGCUGCUUUUACUGUACUGAAUUUCCUUGUUGUGGGCCACACUUUAAAACAUCAAAGACAAGCCAUUUGAAAUUCUAACCCACAGCUUUGGGAAUGUUAUCCCCACCUCCACAAUAGUGAUUUUUAUUCACUCAAUACUAAUUAACUACUUUAUCAAAAACAGUCCCAUUAGUAACUGGAAAUCUGAAGACCAGGGGAUAAAUGCUGGUAAAUGCUCAGGCCUGGAAAUGGAGUAAAUCAUUAUGUUGUUUUCUCCCAUCCUUGGCCCAAACAACUGUGCUGGGUGAAAUGUUAGACUGUAAUAGGGAGGUAACAGCUGCUUUGGAAAAAGACAACCAGAGACUGCCUGAAUUGCCACACCUAUUAACUCACCAUAGUUGGGCACACACAUCUUCCCCUUCAGAGGGCUUUUUUUCUUGAGUUGCUCAUGCAUGUUAUCCUUCCUAAGAGCAGCGUCUACACAAUGAAGGCAAUGAUCAUAACUCUUCUCAUUGUUUCUAAUUUAGUUUUUAAAGCUUGCAUCUUUGUGAAAGUUAACUGAAGAUACAGAUUGAAAGGAAAAAUGAGACACAAGUUUGGGGACCAAGGACUCAUCAACAGUGGUGACUUUAACAAGAGAUGCCCACUGUAGUUUUGCCAUUAGUCAGAAUUUAUUUAUUUUCUUUGGAGAUCAUUAUAGGGAAUAUAUCUUCAAGGAAAGGUAGGACCAUAAGUGUUAGUGGAGUGUAAGGAGCAAGUGGAAUUGACCACUUUGGGAAGGAAGCACAGAGUCCCUUCUCAAGAAAUACAAGUUAUUUCUGUUCUCUUUCUGCUCUACCCUUUUAGGUCAGUUCUCCCUAUACUGCUAACUCUAAUAUUUGAUAAGGGCCACAUCCCAGUGUUUAUCUUAGCUUGCAUAAGAGCAUGUGUAUGUACAGUAAAAUGUGUAUUCGUAUGGUUUUUCCAAUAGAAGAAACUGAAUUCACACAGAAUUAGCAUGUUCUUGGGUGAUGUUGAUCAUGUGUCAGAACUACAGACAACUCCGAUGGGAGAAAUGUCCUUUUUCUCAUUCUUUAUGUAAAAAUUUUAAACACUAGUGCUCCAGUGUGCACUCUUUAAGAUCUGUCUUUGUACAGAACUAAACACUUCUUUAUGUGUAUCAAUUGUGGGAGAUAGUGACUGGACAAAUAGGUUGAUUGUCCUGUUCUCAGGCUGAAUUAUCUUCUCUUUGACCUAGUCACAAGGAAUUACUAAACCUAGAUAGUAAUGUAUUUCCAUCCUCCCAGCCUACAGAUAUAAGUGGUUAAAAUAAUCGACAAGUUUAAGCCCAGUAGUGUCAGUUUCUUUAUCUCAGUCUGAAAGAGUUAAGAAAUAUCCCAAAUGUUGCUAUUUAUGCAAGCAUUUGAGAGGUGUGGGGGAUGGAUACCCAGAAGAUGGGACUGGAAUAAGGAAUAUAUAUAUAUAUAUAUAUUUUUUUUUUUAAGAGUGCCUCAAGUUAUUUCUACUGUGCUUUAUUGUGAAUGUUGUAACAUUUAAAAAACACUUUCGCUGUAGCUCUUUGGAACUUGGUAUUAAAGGAGCUGGUGAUCUCUCUUGGGUAUAUAUUAUAAUGAGUUAACAUGACCCACCAUUGUGUGGAACUGCAUCCCUUGCAAAUGACAUAAUUUCAAAAGUAAUAGAAAGAAAACCCACUCCAUCAAGGAGGUUUCUUUAUGUUGUCACUCCUAUUUAGAUACAAACUUGGGCAGGGAGCAUGUUUUCUGUUCUAUACAAAAUCCAGCAUACUGGGUAAUCACAUUUUGAUUGUUGAAUGACUUACAUGUUCUUGAAGACUAAACUAAGUCAUGUCUUUUCCCACAGCAGUGUAGCUGAUGGUUCUAUUGAGUAUCAAAGUUCUGCUGUUUCUGUGAGUCACUUCAGGCAUCAGCUUUGGAGUGACCAUAGAAGACAGCAUCUCUAUGGCCUAAUUGUAUUCUUCUGUCUUUUCCUACUCUCCUGCCCCACUCUGGCCUUUCCUGCUGCUGAUUUUGGGCUUCUAAAUCCACCAGUCCUCCUCCAUGUACACUCUAGCUGGGAAGCUAAAAGGGCAUGGGCUAGACCAGGUCUAUGUCCUCUCUUUUUACCAGUUGCUGCCCAUUUUGCUGUAUUGAACAAUGUGUAGAAAUUGUACAUUGGACUCUUUUUGCUAAUGCUUUCUGCAUGCCUUCUGCUCCCAAGUCUGGCUGCUUCUGCACAUACCCUUAACACUGUGCCUGUUUUCUAUGGUUGUGGAGAGUAAGUGAACAAGUAAGUACUUAGAACAGUUUUCCUUAUGACAUUGGUCACAGUUAUCCUAGUGUCUGUCUACAUCUGUAUUCUAACAAUAUUCUACAAUUAAAAGUAUAAUUUUUAAAAUCAAAAAACUGAGAAUUGUUUUAGUAAUCCAGCACCAGUACAUAAAAUGGCUUUGCAUCAGAGUAAUUAAAAUUGGGCACAAUUAUCUUUAUAUUGAUGUAUUUGUCCAGAUGUUCUUGUAGAGAUUUGGAAGUCUAGUGUCUUCACACAUUAGUGAUCCCUCUGGUUAUUGUCAUAUUUUGAGAAAAUGCAAACACUUGUACAGUUUUCUAUGAAGAUUAGGCUGGUGUGAAAGACAUGGAACUAUUUGGUAUGGAUGACUCAUUUGCUUUAGAGGGAAAAAAAUCCAAAAGGGAAAAUGAGAGGAGGCUUUGUUACUUUAAAGAGAUAUUUUGGUAUAUCUGUUACGAAUAUUAAAACAAUUUCUACUGAAUUAGUGUUGGAUCCCAGAACAGUUGUACCCCUUAGAAAGUGUCAAAGAUUCUCUAUUCAUGACAUAGCUGCGCAGUCUGCCUAAGGCAGUGGUUAUGUAUUACCAGGGUGUGGCCACAAUUUUCAAAUUACUUACAAGUAAUUUUCUCUUACGAAACUUUUUUUUUUUUUUAAUAAGGAGGGCCAGUCUAGGCAGAGGUAGGGAGUGGUAGUGCUUUAAAUAGAGGAAAAACACAAAUGUAAAAGAAAAAUGUGAGUGAACCCUGUAGCCAAGAUUUGGAAAAGAAGAGAUUUUAUCAAAACACUUGUUAAAGCUCUCUCUACAUGUUCCGCAUUUUCUAUCUGCAAGGAAAGUUAAAGGGAAAUAAUAUUUCCCUUUAACUUUCCUGGCAUUUUCCGUUAAGUUUUUAGCAAGUUCCUAAAAACUUCCACUGAUGUGUUCCUUUAAUUUUGCUUGCAGAGAUAGAAAAUGCCAGUUCACCUGGAGCAAUGUAGCUAAGAGCCUCCCCUCAAAGGGUGUUUGACAUGUUAAUACUCACCAUCAUUGUUAUGAAAUGGUGUGAACUGUUCUUUAGGAGGCUAGCAGUUUAGGGAUGCCAUUGGGACCCCAGAGUAUACAGAGUGUACUGAAAUGAUAAUUUGUUAAAUGGUUCCAUUUAAUUUGUUAAGUGUUCCAAAAGUUAUGUUUCUUGAAAAGUAGCUCCUAUAGUUGGAGUAACGGACUCUGAAGUAUUGGUUAGAUACCCAUGCCUGCAGUGGAGUAGCUGUCUUGGCCCCUACUAAAAAGGUUAGUCAUGUGGGGUCUCUCCCUGGUGGGGCAGGGGUUAAAGUCUCAGCGCUAUAGCUUGACCUCUCCUGCCUUGCCCGCUGCUCCCCUCAGCAGCGUCUUUCAGUAGAUCUGCCUGUUUUGCUCCCCACUCUGUCUCUGGUGAACCCUCUCACACCCCCACACCUCUGGCUUCUACCCCAGUUCUUGUCUGGAAAAAUAAAUAAAAAUAAAUUUUUUACAUAUUUAAAAAAAAAAGGUUACUAGUAACAAAUAAUUUAGGGAUAAAAUUAAUAGAAAAAUGUUACUUUAAAUGCUCAUGGUCAGUUUGUAGCAUUUCAGCUUCUCCAAAGAUGGCUUUGUUUUCCUUCUGAGAGAAAGUGACCCUAAUGACAUCAAAAUCUCCCUUUGAGUUUCUCACAACCAACCCCUGCAGCUCCCUUGUAGGCAUCUUCACUCAGAAGUUACCCAUGCACCUGAAAAUCAGACUUUAAACUGAACUUUCUUCCACCACCUGCCAUCUACUUCUGUAUUUACUAACAUCAUUGCCUAGUUUAGCCAAGUUAGAAACUUACAUAUCAUUCUUGAUAAUUCCUGCUCUUUUAGCCACCCUCCCCAAAUCAGUAGUAAAUAUUAGCUGAAGAGUCAUCCAGUCAUGACCAUACCACCUUCUAAAUCCUUCUUAAACCCCCAACCUAGUUCUCACUACUAGUGGUGCAGACCCACCACUGUCCACAUAACCUUGGGUAAGUUACUUAGCUUUUCUGGUCCUUGGAUUUUCCAUGAAUAAAAUGGGGGUAGCUAUAACUCGCUCAUAGUGUUGCAAAGUUUAAGUGAGAUGAUGGGGCUCAAAAUAUUAACACUAGUUAUUCAGACCAUUACCAGGCCAUCAUCUAGAUUACUGAAACAACCUCCCAGUGAGUCUUUCCUGUUUUCAAAUCCAUUUUCUCUGUUCUCCCAUAUUGCAGCUAGAAUGAUCUUUCUGAAUGACAAAUCCCUUCAUGCCGCUCUUCUCUAUAAAACCUUGUGCUUCCCCUUGCCAGCAUUAGACAAUGAAAUUCUUUUAGUGUGAUUUAUGAAGAGGUCAUCCAUGAUCUGGCCUCUCUUACCCUCCUCUGCUUCAGUUCUUUGCAUUUUCCUUGCACUUGCAACAUUCCAAGCUGCAUCUCUUUCUCUCCACUCUUCUGGCCAACUCCUCCUGAUCUCAUGCCUAACUUGUUCUAGGAAACAUUUUUUUGAUGCUACAAGGCUGGAUUAGGUGUUCUUUUUCAGUGUUCCCUGGGUUUGUCCCAAUAAGAAAGACUUCAUCCCAGUUUUGUAAUUACCUGUUUAAGUAUUCAUUUCCUCCAUUAGACUUUGCUCUCCUUGAAGAAGUCCUGUGUCUUAUUCACUACUGUACCCUCAGCCCCUAGCAAAUGUUUGACUUAAGGGAGGCAGACAACAAAUAUUUCUUUGGUGUAUGAGCAGAGAAUAUGAAUACACUUCUUUCAGCAUGGCUGACAAUUUUUCACCACAGAAGCUAUAUGUGAAAGUACUGUAGAUACCGUGACAUUUUUUAAAGAUUAUGCAUACAAGGACUGGGGUACAGGCCAGAG